AUGUUAAGUAAGACCAAGCUAACAGAUAGAAAAGACGCGGACUUAGUCGAAAAGUUGAACUACAAGAACAUAAAUGAUGUAAGUAUACAUGAGCUAAACUGCCUUAAAAAUAAUCGACAAGUUUAUCUAAAAAGAGGAAGUAUGUUUUUUUUAAGUACAAAAGAAGAGGCACUAACAGUUCUGAAAAACAAAAAUCAUAAGUAA